CUCCAUCCACCACACACCACCACCUCCAACACCACUACCACUGCGAGAUACAUCUCCCAUCUACCUGCUUGACAUUCUGAUAUUGUCUCUCAGCUCUCUUCACUCCUCCAUCUCUACACUCACAACCAACAAUGCGUGAAAUCGUUCACCUCCAAACCGGCCAAUGCGGUAACCAAAUUGGUGCCGCUUUCUGGCAAACCAUCUCCGGUGAACAUGGCCUCGAUGGCGCCGGCUACUACAACGGAUCCUCCGAUAUCCAGCUUGAGCGCAUGAACGUCUACUUCAAUGAGGCUACCGAAAAGAAAUAUGUGCCCCGUGCUGUCCUCGUUGACCUCGAGCCCGGUACCAUGGACGCCGUCCGUGCUGGUCCGUUUGGCCAGCUCUUCCGUCCAGACAACUUCGUUUUCGGCCAGUCUGGUGCCGGUAAUAACUGGGCCAAGGGCCAUUACACUGAGGGAGCUGAGCUAGUGGACCAGGUCAUCGACGUCGUCCGUCGUGAAGCUGAAGGCUGUGAUUGCCUCCAGGGCUUCCAGAUCACUCACUCUCUUGGUGGUGGUACUGGCGCUGGUAUGGGUACCUUAUUGAUUUCCAAGAUCCGUGAGGAAUUCCCAGACCGUAUGAUGGCAACUUUCUCCGUCGUCCCUUCGCCAAAGGUUUCUGACACCGUUGUUGAGCCUUACAAUGCUACCCUCUCCAUCCAUCAGCUCGUUGAGCACUCCGACGAGACUUUCUGUAUUGAUAACGAGGCUCUGUAUGAUAUCUGCAUGCGGACUCUCAAACUCUCUGAGCCAUCUUAUGGUGACCUCAACCAUCUCGUCUCCGCCGUCAUGUCCGGUGUGACCACGUGCCUGCGGUUCCCCGGUCAGCUCAACUCUGACCUUCGGAAACUCGCUGUGAACAUGGUUCCCUUCCCUCGUCUCCACUUCUUCAUGGUCGGAUUCGCUCCUCUGACCAGCCGUGGUGCAUACUCCUUCCGCGCUGUCACCGUUCCGGAGUUGACCCAGCAGAUGUACGACCCUAAGAACAUGAUGGCUGCUUCUGACUUCCGUAACGGCCGCUACCUUACCUGCUCCGCUAUCUUCCGUGGUAAGGUUUCCAUGAAGGAAGUCGAGGAUCAGAUGCGCAACGUCCAAAACAAGAACCACACCUAUUUCGUUGAGUGGAUCCCCAACAAUGUCCAGACCGCUCUCUGUUCCAUUCCACCUCGCGGCCUCAAGAUGUCAUCUACCUUCGUUGGAAAUUCAACCUCCAUCCAGGAGCUCUUCAAGCGUGUCGGUGACCAGUUCACUGCUAUGUUCAGGCGCAAGGCUUUCUUGCACUGGUACACUGGAGAGGGUAUGGAUGAGAUGGAGUUCACGGAGGCAGAGAGCAAUAUGAAUGAUCUCGUUUCUGAGUAUCAGCAGUAUCAGGAUGCUAGUAUCUCGGAGGGAGAGGAUGAGUAUGCCGAGGAAGAGGUUCUUGAGGGCGAGGAGUAAAGGGGAUAAUAGGAAAGCAACUUCAAGAGAAAUCAACGUAUAGCGAAGCGAGCGUACGAGGCCCGCAUUUUUGAAACCAAUUCAUCAAUUCUUUUUAGUUUUGUUUUUAGUUUUCUUGUUCAUUCAUUCAAUUAAUUUAUGUUCUGUGUUCUCUUGUUUUCUUUUUUCCAGAAGCGAUAAAAUCAAUUCUUUUUAUACCUGGACUACAAAUCAUGAUAAAGUAUCACCGCUUUUGUGUCAGUUAUUCAUGGGAUAUGAAAAGUUUCACAUAUGAUAUAUUGUAUGUUCUUAUGUGUAGCCCUGACUUCAUGAAAGGGAGUGGUAGGUAAUAAAUAGUACGUUGUAUAUGAUAUGGCU